AUGUAUUGCUGCAAGCCCUGUGAGCCCUGCUGCCAGCCCUGUGGUCCAAUCCCACUGGCCAACAGCUGCAAUGAGCCCUGCUGUGUCAGGUGCCAGGACUCUAUCGUUGCCAUCCAGCCAUCUGCUGUGGUGGUAACCCUGCCUGGACCCAUCCUCAACUCCUUCCCACAGAACACUGUUGUGGGCUCCUCCACCUUUGCUGCUGUUGGCAGCAUCCUCAGCUGUGAUGGAGUGCCCAUCAACUCCGGGGGCUUUGACCUCUCCUGCAUCACCAGCCACUAUUGCUGCAGACCCUGCCGCCCCUGCUAG